AGCUUACUGACUUCAGGAAGUGCAGAAGUUGUUGUCAAGCUGCCUGAGAGCAACCCCGAGACCGAAAGUAAGGCAUUAGCACUUUUGUCUGAUUCACUGCUGCAGCUGUGUCUGAUUUCUACUGUCUAUCCUUCAUUAAAUCAUCAGAGGUUAUUAUCUCAGACUUUAGACUCACUGCAGAACAACAAAACACAUUAUUUAUUAUUAGCAGAUAAUGGCUGAGCCCAGAGUAUCAUCCAUUGACGGGAAGUUAAAUGAAGAAUUUGCCGUUCCCUCCCAUGUCGAGGAGGUUAAAGAGAAGAUGUCUGCCUUUGCCAAGCAUCACGCGGCCGCAGGUCGCAGGGUGGUUCUCAUCACAUCAGGAGGCACCAAAGUUCCCCUGGAGUCACGCACCGUCCGCUUCCUCGAUAACUUCAGCAGCGGCCGACGAGGAGCCUGCUCAGCAGAGUAUUUCAUAGACUCUGGCUACGCUGUCGUCUUCUUGCACAGGCAUCGCUCCCUCUACCCUUACACCCGUACGUUCUCAACCAUCAACAUGCUGGACGCCCUGCAGUUCAGGAGUGAUGAAGCAUUUGGUAACUCCGGUGAAGUGGUGGUGAACCAGAAGGUGCUUCCGAAUAUUGCCAAAGUGCUGAAGAGAUACCAAGAGGUGAAAGACAGCAGGCUUCUCCUGCCCAUUGAGUUCAGCACUCUGUCAGAGUAUCUGCAUCUUCUCAAAGCAGCAGCGCAGGCGCUCAGCACAAUAGGAUCCAUGGCCAUGUUUUACUUGGCUGCAGCUGUGUCCGAUUUCUACAUCCCUGCAUCUGAGAUGCCUGAACACAAAAUCCAGUCUUCCAAUGGUCCUCUUCAACUCAGCUUGAACAUGGUCCCCAAGAUACUGUCCCCGUUGGUGAAGGACUGGGCACCACAGGCGUUUGUCAUAUCUUUUAAGCUGGAAACCGACGCGGCCAUCCUGCUGGACAAGGCUCGACGGGCUCUGGAAACCUACAGGCACCAGGUGGUGGUGGCCAACGUACUGGACUCUAGACGGGGUUACGUGGUGGUGGUGACCCCUUCCACUCAGGCUGAGCUGAUCCUCACCGAGGAGGAUGUGAAGAAUGAGGUGGAGAUAGAGGAGAGGAUCGUGAGCAACCUGACGUCGGCACACCAAGAGUUCAUAACUCAACAAGUGGGUUGAUGGGUCGUCGCCCAAGUCAGCGAAGUUGUGUCUGUGCUCUUCCCUGUUCCUGCGCUUGAGUUUGGCUUAAAUUCAUACCUGCCUGUUCUGCUGACAGUGUUACAGUGUAUCCAGUAUGUUGUAUGGUUGCAUUAACCUUAGUGAUAACUGUAACUAUAAACACAUCAUGCCUUCCCUCCUCCUUUUUACCUGUUCUAAAAUGGGCCUCUAUGGUUAUAAGACAGUCUCUCUGCAGGGACAAUAUACAACUUAUCGACAGUUUAUAAAAUGUUUAUUCACUGUGCAGGACCCCAGGACAUUUUUAUGUCUUUUCUACAACAAUGACUACUGGUUGAACAGUUCUGUGAUAUGUCACCUAUAAUAAACAUUUACAAGUACA